GUGAGUGAAGAAACAAACAACUUUUCCUUUAUUCAAUUUUUCUCUCUCUCACUAUCUUCAGUUAAAGACUAAAAAAGUAGAGAGCAAAUUCUGGUGUUUUAUUCCAUGUUUAAAGCACCUUAGUUUAUAUCUACUACCCUUCCAAUCUUAUUCUAACACUUACAAUUUCUUCUCUCUUUUUCCUUCAUUUCAUAAUAUUAAUUUUUCUUCACUUUCCUUGGAUAUGCUAAGUUGUGUUGGAUUAUUUUCAAUAGAAGAAGAGGUUAUUAUUAUAUUAAUAAAGUUUCAUCAAGAAAAAAGAUGAUGAAUAAGAUGAGCAACGUAACUUGCUCUGAUCUAAUAGAUGCAAAGCUUGAAGAACAUCAAUUGUGUGGAUCCAAACAGUGCCCUGGUUGUGGACACAAGUUUGAUCAAGGUGGCAAGCCGGAUUGGCUAGGUCUACCAGCAGGAGUGAAAUUUGAUCCAACAGAUCAAGAACUCAUUGAACAUCUUGAAGCCAAAGUUGAGUCCAAAAAUAAUAUCAAAUCACACCCUUUGAUUGAUGAAUUCAUUCUCACUAUUGAAGGAGAAGAUGGUAUUUGUUACACCCAUCCUGAAAAACUCCCAGGUGUGACAAGAGAUGGAUUAAGCAGACACUUUUUCCAUAGACCAUCAAAGGCAUAUACAACAGGAACAAGAAAAAGGAGAAAAAUUCAAACAGAAGAAUGUGACAUACAAGGAAAUACAGGAGGAGAAACAAGAUGGCACAAAACUGGUAAAACAAGACCUGUUAUGGUGAAUGGAAAACAAAAAGGUUGUAAGAAAAUUCUAGUCCUCUACACUAAUUUCGGGAAGAAUCGAAAACCUGAAAAGACGAACUGGGUGAUGCAUCAAUACCAUUUAGGACAACAUGAAGAGGAAAAAGAAGGUGAACUUGUUGUGUCAAAGAUAUUCUAUCAGACUCAACCAAGACAGUGUAAUUGGUCUGAUCAUAAAAGUGUUACAAAUAUUAAUGGUGAAGCAAUUGAAGGUAGAAGAGAUAGUGGAAGUGGAAGUUGUUCUAAUUCUUCUAAGGAAAUUGUUCAUCACAUUAAUCAUAAUCAUAGAGAUGAAAUGUCUGCUGUUCCAACUCCUUUAACAAAUUUCACUUCUUCCUUGGAUAUUCAACACCUUAAAAAUGAUCAUUUUGGAUUCAUUCCUUUUCGAAAAAGCUUCGAUGAGGUUGGAAUAGGAGAAAGUUGUAGAGGAAGAGAAAUUCAACAAGCAUCAGGAAGAUGUGAUGAACAUGAACAUGAGCAGAUUAAUGCAACCACAUCUUUCCAUAUGAGUAGGCCUUCCAAUCCAAUCUCAACUAUCAUAUCUCCACCACCUCUCCACCACACUUCCAUCAUUCUUGAUGACAAUUCUUACCAUGUCUCAACAAUAAUGCUCCAAAAUGAUCAUUUCCAGCAGCAGCAGCAGCAGCAUAAAAUAGGUGGAAGUGGAAGGUCUGCUUCUUGUUUGGAGGAAGUCAUUAUGGGAUGCACAUCAUCUUCUUCUGAUAUCAAAGAGGAAGCAUCAAUCACAAACACACAAGAAGCUGAAUGGUUGAAAUACUCAUCUUACUGGCCAGUUGACCCUCACAAUCCCAACCAUCAAUCAUGACUCACUCAGACAAAAUCAUUCAUGCUUCAACCAUACCUCAACUAUUCAUCAUCAUAUCAAUAUCAUUUUCUUCUUCAUUUCUUUUCCAAUCACCUACCUAUACACUUCGGUGCUUCUCAUUCUCACCAUCGGAACAACAACAACAACUUGGAAACAAAGUCACAAAGAACAAAAGGGAAAAGAAACAAAAAAGAAAAAGCUGCUCUCCCUCGUGACAUCACAUUCAGGGAGAACGACCUAAGACUCUCCAAACUUUAAAUAUUGCAUUGCAUGAAAAUCAUCACUACAUUACUAUUAAUAUUAUUAUUAAGAUCUUUGUAAUUUUACAUCAAAAAAAUAGUUUAUACACCAAUGAGUUUGUGCAUAUUGCAAACAAUAUGUUGUUGCCUUUUAUUUAUAACCAUAUAUAUGUUGUUGAGUUAAUUAUGUAUUCUAACAUUCUCUACACCAUCCAAACAUCUUUAUGAUUGGACAAA